AUGCCAAUUCUUUCGACGUUUUCCGAGAAUCUUUUCGGUAUUGAGUGUGCCGUGGACGACACGGAGCAUGUCUUGCGGUAUGGAGAGAAGGCGUUAUCCCAAGUGUUGACCCGAGCUUCUGACACUUCUCGAUUACGAUUUCCGCCACCGACCUCAUCUCCAUCACGCCAUCGCCAGGCUGCACACCGGCGCAAUUAUCAAGGACCGAGCACUCGUCUUUGUGCUGACAGCCGAAGCCUAUUACAGGGGCAAGGCGCCGGAUUUGGAGUUGACGAAGGUGGCGUUGCGGUCCUCAAGGGAACCACUCCAACUCAAAUUUUCGACGAAGUUUGCGCGCGCCUUUUGGCGUUCAUUCCCACUGCGCGGACCGAAGCCGAUGGCAAAGCCAUUAAAAGAAAACUCAAACGAUCCAACGUCGGUCCGGAGACAUCGACCCAGAGACAUCGGUCUAGAGACAUCGAUCUCAAUUAUGUGAAUCCGCGUACGGCACGGAUUUUAGCCGUAAAGCGGUUCAAGGACGCCAUGAAGCAUUCCGCGAAUUACAGGCCACCUAGAGGUCUGAGCACGUUGCGGCAACUGGUGUCGACGUUUGACGACCUCCACGUAUCACUGCGCGCGCGCUUCUCACGAAGCUAUGGUUCCGGUGCGAAUGCGUUGAAGAAACUCAGUUCGCGGUUCGUGCAAGCACUGGCCAUUUUCGGUCAUGAACAAAACACUGGCAACUUUUGA